GGAAGUGCCUCCUCUAGCUCCAAAAACGCAUUCAACAAAAAUGCAUUCAACAGAUACUUGCCUCCACGGAAGUGCCUCUUCUAGCUCCAAAAACGCAUUCAACAGAUACCAUGGGCAGUCGCCAAAUCAAAUCCGGAUACCACUAAUGCAUCCAAGGCAUGCCCCAGCUAAGAACAAUAAACAAUGGCCCUAUCCAACCCCGAAGGGAAGAACACUAAUUCAGAUCAAAGCUAUGAAUCAGAUGAAUAUCAACAAUCUGGCUUCCAAAUCUCCCAGCAGUCUCUUCUCCCACGCUCGCGGCAUCAAGAUCUCUGAUGCAUGGGAUGUCUCUACCUUUUAUUUAAAUCCAAAAUAUGGGCCAAAACUCAGGCAUCAGCAACAUGAGUUACCAUGGAUCAAGAGAGAUGGAAGAUGGGGGCACCUUGCUUGCAGACUGCCAAAACCAAUCAGAACUGUUGAGAAAAGUGGGAGAUUCCAAGUACGGGCAUUCACUGAAGACCAAGAAGCAUUGGUGGUGAACUCAUGGAAUUCAAUGAAGAAAAAUGCUGGGGAAUUUGGUCUUAAAUUCUUCCUGAGGGUUUUUGAGAUUGCACCUUCUGCCAAGAAACUGUUCACAUUUUUGAGGGACUCUGAUAUUCCCUUAGAGCAAAACCCAAAACUAAAAUCCCAUGCCAUGACUGUCUUUGUUAUGACCUGUGAAUCGGCAGUUCAACUUCGAAAGGCAGGCAAAGCUGUGGUUAGAGAAUCAAAUAUAAAAGAUUUAGGUGCCACCCAUCUCAAGUAUGGUGUUGUUGAUGAACAUUUUGAGGUUGCAAGAUAUGCACUGUUAGAGACAAUAAAGGAAGCAGUGCUGGAAGUGUGGUCACCGGGGAUGAAGAAUGCUUGGUCAGAAGCUUAUGAUCAGCUGGGUGCUGCUAUCAAAAAUGAAAUGAAGCUGCCUUCUUAGAUAUCUUGGACACGGGAUAUACAUGUUGAGAGAAAAGCAGUCUGAAAAAUGUAAUAUUCUUACCAUAAAAAAAAAAAAAAAGUAAUAUUCUUAUUUCGAAUAAAGAUUUUUAGAAAUACAUUUAGGGGUUAUUUGGUAAGAGUAUCAACUUUAUUGAGAAAGUAUUUUUCGAAAAAAUAGUUAAAAAAGUA